AUGGCGGACGAUCUGGAUGCUGAGUUGCUCGCUUUGGCGGGUGACUCUGAGGAGGAAACCUCACCACCAUCCAAAUCGCCGGCGCACUCUGCUUCCUCACAUGCCGACAGAGAUCAUUCACCGGCAGCCAUGGGUCGCAAAGGAACUGCUAAGCCGGUUCCCCGCCGGGCUCGGAAGCCCGUGAAGGAUGAAUCCGAAGGCGAAGUUUCCGAAACUGGCUCCCGUCACUCUCUCCAGUCUGCCCCCAUGUCCGAGUCAGACUCGGAGUCCGAGAAAUCCGACCAAGAUGAUGAGGAUCGCCCCAUUUUCCCGUACGACAAGCUGUACUACUCGGCACAGGAUAAGAAGGACAUCAUGGCCAUGCCCGAAAUCCAGCGCGAGGAAACCUUGUCUGAGCGCGCCCAACAAGUUGAUCGCCACAACCAGGACCUUGCUCUCCGACGCCUGCUAGCAUCCCGAUCCCGCGAGGAAGCCCGGGCUGCUAAGAAAGCCAAGCGAAAGGCUGGUUCCGCCGGUUUGGAUGACUCCCAGCGCAAGAGCUCUCGCCAGAAGACCACUCUUGGUGGCCGCAAGGUUGGAGAAACUUCUGGAGCCAUUGAGGCUUACAAGCGUCAGCGUGAACAGAAGGGCAAGCGGGAUGAACUCCGCCGCCGUGAUCCCACCCAGUCUCGCCGUCGUUCCCGUUCCAUGGGAUCUGAAGUCUCUGAUGAAGAUGCUGAUGCUGAGAGUGAUCUUGAAUUGGACGAUCGUGUUGGUCGUUCUCCCUCCCUGCCAAAGGACGACCCACCUGCUGAGCUUCGUGAUAUUCAACGUGCUCGUGUUGGUCGCAGCAACUUUGCUCAGGUCUGCUUCUACCCUGGAUUUGAAAGUGCCAUGCAGGGCUGCUAUGCCCGCGUCAAUAUUGGCCCGAACGCAGAGACUGGCCAGAACGAAUAUCGCAUGUGCCUUAUCUCUGGCUUUGCCCAGGGCAAACCCUAUGCUAUUGAAGGAUCCAACGGUCGUCCUUUUGUCACAGAUCAGUAUGUCAAGCUGGCGCAUGGCAAGGCUGUAAAGGAAUUCCCUUUCAUUGCCUGCUCGGAUUCUCCUUUCACCGAGAACGAGUACAACCGUUACCGCAAGACUUUGGCUGCCGAGGACAUCAAGUUGGCUACGCAAGGAAAGCUGGCCUCUAAGGUCACUGACAUCAACCGCCUGAUCAACCACCAAUUCACUAAAGAUGAGUUGAACCAGAAGCUGCUUCGCCAGGGUGCAUUCGACCAGAAAUGGAACAUCCUCAAGCGUGCUGAUAUUGAACGCGACUUGAAGUUCGCCAAAGCCAAUGGAAACAUCGAAGAUGCUGAGCGGCUGGAGAAGGAAUUGGAUCAGAUCCUGAACCCUACCCUCUCCUGGGGAACGACUCUCACCAAGAAAGAGAUCGACCAGAAGCCGAUGGAAGCCGAGCGUGUCCACCAGAUCAACAUCCGUAACCAAAAGCUCAACUAUGAGAACGUGCGUCGUGCUCAGAUUGAGGAGCGCAAGGCCGCUCGCAAGUCCGCAGCAGCUGUCGCUCGCGGUGAAGCCGCCGCCGAUCCGUUCAUGCGUGUGCGAACAGUGGCUAAGACCCAUCACGACGUCAGUGGACCCAGCCAACCUGUUCCUAUUACCGAUGUUACUCCUGUCGAUGGGCCCAAGGAUACUCUCAAGCCCAGCAACGGCAGUUCUGCAGUUGGUACACCUUCCGGAAUCACCCCCAAGAAGUCCAAGAGUGGUUUCAUGAUCAGUCACCGCAACAACGAUGAUGAGAACAUCGCGGCCCUCGAUAUGGACAUCGACAUUGAGAUCUGA